UCAGUGAUACCUGAACUCGAAAUAAGGAUUCACAAGUCGUUGGCAGCAUCCAGUCGUCACGGCUGUUACCCUAGUCCUCGGCGGGCUAUUGCAAAACCUGCCUUCCUCCAGCGAGCUCUCGAUGGCUUCCGCAGGCAGCUCUCAUGAUGUCACAUGGCUGAGGAAUGCAGAGUGACCAGGAGAAGAGCGUAAAUGUGUCAAGAUUUUAUUACAGCGAAGGGCCUCAGAGCUCACUUAAAUGGCAGACCCUCAAUCCGCACUUUGCUAAAACUUCACGGUGAAUUGACGUCACUCCCAAAACGCACAGCAUCAGGAGAGAUGGGGUUUGCUCAUGAAUGAAACAUUAAGUUAAAAAAAGGAAAAGCUGUGCUUUUGGUUUUGUCCCUGCUUAAGAGCAGCCUGUACUUUAUUGCCAUGAAUCUGAGUUGUACUCUAACUGUUGUCACAGAAGAGGUUUUUGUUGAUGUCGCUGUUGUUCAGAUAAGGAUUGGCAUUGGUACAGGUGUUCUGCUGUGCCUGGCUGGUUUCUAGCUUUGAUCAACUCCGAUUCACUCCUCUGCCAGCAAAUUCCAAAGGGGGUGUACUGAAGUGAACCUGAUAAUCUCACAUGAAUGUCGACCAGUUCCAGAAUCCCCUGUAAAAACACUGCACUGUCUGUUUUCCUUCUGAGGUCCUGACAGCCCCUGCAUGGAGCCAGAACUCGCUGUGAGCAUGACUGCAGCAAAACCACGAAGCAAAAACAUGUUAGCACUCACAAGCUUUCCUGUGUGAGGUUUGAUAUUGGUCCGCAUUCACAGUACAGUGCGCGCUGCUUGUGAAUUCCGCUCGAAGGGGUCUCCUAGGUUACGAUGGAUCCCGCGGUGUGUAACGGAAUGCAGGCGAGCCUGGGUUAAGACGCUGGGGUCUCCGGUUCACGCCCAGACUCUAUAUACAGUAUAGUAUAUGCAACUUUAUAUACAGUAGUAUACAUUAAAAAAAAAAUUAUAAUACUGAAGGUAUCUGACCCUCUCCACUGCUCAAGGAGUGGUUUGAGGCAAGGUGCAGGUCAUUUUGGAAUCGUUAGCUGUGAAAAAAGAGGGAAUCCUGCUAAUCAUCAAUGCAUUAUUUAUUUCAACUUUUUAAAGAAAAGUUUUACUGUCUGGCAGUUGGAUAUUAGGCUCACACAUAGUUAUGAAGAUAUCUAAAAUAAAUUUGACCAGCUUUUCAAAUGAUCCUUUGAUGCAUCAUUAUUGGAAUAAAAGCAGAGCAAAACCUGGAAACCACAGCAGCACUUGACUGAAAGCUUAACCAACCAUAAACCCCAAGGUCACCUUCAGUGCCUGGAUCUAGACGAGGUUUGAAGCACAAGCUGGCAGACGCAGCCGAGCUGCUGGUCUGAUCUGAGGAGCUGGCUAGCUGCGGGUGGAAUAAGAGGGAGAAGCACAGGAUUGCACCCAACGUCGUCGCGUUCACAAGAAGAUUCAAUCAGGUCAGCUUCUGGGUGGUACGAGAAUUGUUAAUGGCACAGACCCUAAAGAUACGUGCAGAAAUACUGAGUCAUUUUAUAAAAUUAGCGAAGAAACUGCUAGAGCUGAACAACCUCCACUCUCUGGUGUCCGUGGUGUCUGCCUUACAGAGCGCUCCGAUUUUCAGACUCUCCAAAACGUGGGCACUUAUUAAUCGCAAGGACAAGGCCACCUUCGACAAGCUGGACUACCUGUUGUCCAAAGAGGAGAACUACAGCCGCAUGAGAGAGUACAUCAGCACCUUGAGGAUGGCCCCAACCAUCCCCUAUCUAGGAAUUUACCUCUUCGACAUAAUCUACAUUGAUUCUGCUUACCCAGCCUCGGACAGCAUUCUGGAGAACAAGCAGAGGACCAACCAGAUGAACAACCUCCUCCGAAUAAUCUCCGAUCUCCAGGUCUCGUGUAGCUACGACUACCUGGUGAUGUUGCCACAUGUGCAGAAUUACUUAAUGUCGGUACGCUACAUUGAAGAGCUUCAGAAGUUUGUGGAAGAUGACAAUUACAAGCUGUCCCUGAGGAUCGAGCCAGGGAGCAGCUCCCCACGCCUGCUCUCUUCCAAGGAGGACCUCGCAGGCCCUGCCGAGGUCUCAUCCUCAGUGCUCUAUAGGAGGAGACCCACCUGCCCGGACACCUCCAUCGCUUCCAGUCUGCCCACACCCCCAGUGGCACGGCACAGGAAGAGCCACAGCCUGGGGAACAAUGUGAUGUGUCAGCUGAGUGUGGUGGAAAGUAAAAGCGCAACGCUCCCAACGGAGAAACCACGCCACCUGCUGGACGACAGCCUCCUAGAAUCCCACAGUCCGGCCAGGAACCACACUCAGCACUGCUUCUUCUCCAACGGGACGUCUCUAGGCAGCAGUGAAAGCUCCUUCAGUGAAGAGCUGUCAUCGGGCAUGGAGAGGGGCCGGCUGUGUGCCACACUGGGGCCUAAUUGGCGGGUUCCUGUUCGGAAUUCUCCGCGGAGCAGGAGCUGUGUUUACAGGAGCUUGCCCGGCAGUGGAAUGGGUGGGAUUGCGAUCGAAGGACCCCUGAGAAGAAAGACCCUGCUGAAGGAAGGGAAGAAGCCCACUCUUUCUCCCUGGACCCGCUACUGGAUCACGCUGUCCGGCUCAACUCUUCUGUAUUUCGGGUCCAAAGCACUGAGAGCGACUGAAAGAAAGCACUAUAAAUCUGCACCCUGUAAAAAGGUUCUUGUGACUGGGUGGAUGGUGGUCUUGUCCGAUGAUCCGGAGCACCCUGAUAUAUUCCAGCUCAAUGACCCUGAUAAAGGCAAUGUGUACAAGUUUCAGACUGGUUCAAGGUUUCAUGCAAUACUUUGGCACAAGCAUUUGGAGGAUGCCUGUAAGAGCGGACGGCCUCAGAUACCUGCCAACCUUAUGUCGUUUGAAUAAAAACUCUUCAUUGCAGCCUGACCUGUGGGGACGGUGCCAGCCUCAGGCUUUUGGGAGAACUCAUAAAACUUGCAGAACAUGAACUGCAUAUUGUGGGAACAGAGGAUUGUUAAAGCACUUCUUUGCAGUACAAAAGGAGUGGCCUGGAAGAAAUAACUGGCACACUUCUUUGAAUCAAGAAAAGAACGUCAGUGAUAAUACUUCAAGAGAGAGCAAAAAGGAAGAGGAGUGCAGACCACGAGUCUCAUGCACCAGACUUCUUAAAUAAAUCUGCUGGUUUUGGUCAAUGGUGACUAAUGAACUGUGCAUCAAAAGAUUCAAAACUCCUGCCUAAUGUUUCUCCAUUUAAUUUAAAUAUAUAUAAUUUUUAAGUGUGCUAUGCUGCUUUAUGUAAGUUAACUUUUUUUGUUUGUUUGUUUUGCCCAUGUUGGGUUUUAAAAGAAAAAGUUUCUAACGCACGUCAAACUUACUGACAGUGUUAACAUGCUACAAUGUGUAAGUGUUUAGAAUGGAUCACCCGAGAACACGAUCGAGAUACGUGCGUGUGCCCGUUUUACACAAGGGUCUGCUCUCCAUGCCUCCUGCCCCCUUUGGUACACAAGACAUACCUAAAUGGCCUUUAGCUAAUACUAAUAUUCAACUGCCAAUGCAGGGACUGCACCCAAACACAGAAAUAUGUACUCAGAAUGCAAGUAGGGUUACGGUGUGCAUUGCUCAUUCAUUUAUUACAGUAAUUCAACCCACUGAUACAACUCCUUGAUGAACGGUAGAACGCUCAGUGGAAGAAUGGAUUGUUUUACUAUGAGAAAGAAUCUGACUACCAAGACAUGCAAAUAAUAAUGCAAGGUCAGGUGAAACCAUGUGAGCCUUUACCUUAAUUCCCAAUCGUGUUUUCCUGACUCUUAAAACCCUCUCCAGUUAUCGUAUGGUGCUAUAGUUAAAUGUUUCUUAAAAUGAGGUGAUCGAUCCCGCAAACCCCAGUGUUGGUAUAUUACAUAUACCAACACUGUACCUUGUCAUAUUAUUGUUGGUUUCUAGUACUUUACACAUCAUCGUGCUCAGUUAAUAAUAUUUAUUAAUUAUAAUGUUUAUAUAUGAAUUUCAUACGUUUAGCGUGCCAAAAUGCAUGGCCGCCACCCUCUUCUGAGAAAUGUAAAAAUGUAUAACUGGAGAAUUGUGGAUGGCUGUACUGUAUAUACACAGACACACACACAUACAUACAGAAGUACCAGUUUUCACAUAUAAAAACAACCAAAAUAUACGUGUACACAUGCACUUGUGUGUGCAUUUGCAUAAACACAUAUAUAAAUGCCUGUACAUGCAUAUUGCAUUUGUUUUUACAUGUGAAAACUGGUACUUGUUCCCCCCACCCCAGCCCACUGCAUGUUAUUUGUGUACAAAUAUUGUUUCUGUUGUGUUUGUGGCUACAUGACCACUAAACUUCAACUGCCCGGCAAGGUUGUCUUUGUUUGCUAAAUCAUGUGUUACCUUGCCCUUGUACUAAGCUGGA